AUGUAUAUCCUUUUGAUUGUUACUUGUUUUUUAUUAACCUUCCAGGUUAACGCACGUAAAAUAUAUAUAUAUGAAAGAGAUGCAUCAUAUAAUCCAUGUGUAAGUGGUUCAGGUGUAUACUUUUAUCCAGAUCCUACGAAUCCACAUAGAUAUUAUCAAUGUGAUGCUUCUGGAAAAUUCUAUUUACAAACAUGUGCUUCUGAUCUCGUAUGGGAUGAUCUUAUUACGGCUUGUAAUUAUGCAUCAGCUGUAGCACCAUCAUCAGGUGGAGCUUCAUCAGGAUCAUCAUCAGGUGGAGGUUCACCAUCACCACCAGAUGAUAGUUCAGAAACACCAUCAAGUGGAGCUUCAUCAGGAUCAUCAUCAGGUGGAGGUUCGCCAUCACCACCAGAUGACAGUUCAGAAACACCAUCAAGUGGAGCUUCAUCAGGAUCAUCAUCAAGUGGAAGUUCAAAACCAUCAUCAAGUGGAAAUUUAGGACCAACACAAAUAUCUUUUCCAAGUUCACCAUCAGAUAAACCUCCUGCUACGAUACAAAAACCAAGCUCAUCUGCCAGUAGCUCAUCUGCUAGCAGCUCAUCGGUCAGCAGCUCAUCUUCCAGCAGCUCAUCAUCUUCGUUAUGUAAACCAGUUAAUCCAUGUGGUGACCAUGGUGAAUGUAUCGAAUCACCUUCAACAAGUUCAAAUAAACGUCGACGAUUCGCAUGUAUCUGUGAAGAAGAUUGGUUUGGACGAUUAUGUGAUAAACAAUCAAGUGGCUUUUCAACACCAGGCCCACGAACCCAUCUCGAUCAAAUUAUGAACAAUACAUUAACAACCGAUACUUUUUCAUUACCUAUCUCGAAUGAAAAAGAUGCAAAAUAUAUAUUCUAUGGAUUAAAUGGCAACAAUAAAGUUGAACCAAUGAGUCAUUUAAAUAAACGAAUGAUCGAACCAGAAUCGGAUGAAGAAUUUGAUUAA